GCUUGUGUUAGCUUGAGAGCUAGUGUUGUUAAAGUGAGUUGAAGGAAGGAGGAGGUUGUUUCUGGUUAUUUACGGAGCACGUCUCAAUUUUAACAACCAGAAGACAGGUGAAAGAGUGGAUAUUAUCGCGCUAGUGUCUGAAUACACUUGUCAUUUCUCAGAAAACAGCCUGUUGUCCUCAAACUUGUUUCGUGGGAGAAACAACAACUCGAGUUUAAACUGAAUGGCUGAGGGCUCCUCAGAACCUCCUGACCUCAAUCCAGAUGGGGCGUCACAUCAAAAACCAAAUCAGCACAAAUCCAGAAGAGGCCGGCCCAGACACAACAAUGACAGAAACCUGAAUAACUAUGAUCCUUCUCAGCAAUAUGGACACUUUCAUCAGGGCUUUAAACCCCCAUUUAGCCACGAUAACUCAAAUUAUGUAUUUAAUCACUAUCCUCCCUACCAAGGGGAUGAUGGAGCCAGAAGGCGAGGCAGAGGUAGAGGGAGGAGAGAAGGGAACAGAGGUGUAAAUGGGAAUUUCGGUGGCUUCAGCUCCAGUUGGCAAAGACCUGGAGGUGAGUUUGGUCCGUAUAAUGGUAACAGCAGAGGUGCUGGGGGCUUUAACAUGGGGGCGCAUCCCAUGGAUGGACCUGAUGGACCCAGCUGGAGGAGAGAAGAUACAGGCAGGAAUUUUGAACACUUCAGUGAAGACCAGGAUGCUCAGGCAAAAAAAACCCAAAAGUUUAAUCAGGAGCAGAGGAGAGGACAACAAACCGAAAAGGGUAAUCGCACCACUGCAGUCGGGGUUCAGAGGUCAAAUGACGUCAAAGAAAACCCCUCUUCAGACAUCAGGGAUAGAAGUCAGAGGAGCGGGCACUUCCCCGUUUCUCACCAUGAUGAUCAUCGGAGGAUGCACACUGAGGCAAAGCGACGACAAGGACCAAUCAAACCACCCAAACCAUCAUCUCAAGACGAAAUGGGCUCGGAGAUGGGGGCCAGUUUUCAAGAUGACUUCAGCCAUGGCAGAUCAUCUCAGGAUCCUGCCUGUAAAGCUGGACGAGGCUCAGGACGAUACACACCCCUGCAGGCCAGAGGGGGGAGGCGAACGCAUCAUCAAAACCACAGGCCGGGCCAGAGGAACUGGGACAAGAUGCCAGAGAGCAAGGAGACGCAGACAGGGUGUCUAAUUGAGCAGCUGUCUGAGGAGAAGUACGAGUGCAUGGUUUGCUGCGAUGUUAUCCGGUGCAUGGCGCCGGUGUGGAGCUGCCAGAGCUGCUUCCACGUCUUCCACCUGAACUGCAUCAAGAAGUGGGCUCGAUCUCCGGCCUCUCAGGCAGACGAAUCAACCAAAGGCUGGCGUUGUCCGGCCUGCCAGAAUGUUGCACUAAAACCACCAACCUCCUACACCUGCUUCUGCGGUAAAGUGACAAACCCGGAGUGGCAGCGCAGUGAGAUUCCCCACACCUGCGGUGACAUGUGUGGAAAGAAAAGGAGCGGAGUGGACUGCAACCACCCCUGUAACAUCUUAUGUCACCCUGGACCUUGUCCACAAUGUCCUGCCUUUGUAACAAAAUCCUGUACCUGUGGGAAGACCAGUCAGCCAAUGCGCUGUGGACAGAGUACAGUGCUCCAGUGUGACAAGGUGUGCGGGGCCUUCCUUAAUUGUGCUAAACACACAUGCACCGAGGUGUGCCACAGUGGAGCAUGUAAACCCUGCCAGCUGCAAGUUCAGCAGGUGUGCUACUGUGGCGUUACCACUCGUAAAGUCCUGUGUGGGACAGACAAAGACGAAUUUGAUGGUUCAGGACAUUUCUCCUGUCAGAAAUUAUGUGAGAAGAUGCUAAACUGCGAAGCUCACCGCUGCCAGCAGGUGUGCCACCGCGGUGCGUGCCAGCCGUGCCCACGCUCCCCGAGUCUGGUGAAGACGUGUCCCUGCAGUCAGACACCACUGACCAAACUCCUGGAGCUGGGCUACUCUGAACGCCGAAGCUGUUCCGAUGCGAUCCCCUCCUGUGGAAAAACAUGCAACAAACCUCUGGCCUGUGGCUCCAGCGACACCAUCCACCUGUGUGAGAAGUUGUGCCAUGAGGACAGCUGCGGGCCGUGCUCCCUGACCUCCACUAUCAGAUGCAGAUGUGGCUCCAAGACAAAAGAGGUUCCAUGCGCAACGAUCCAAAAAGAAGAUGAGCUUGUUUUCACUUGUGAGAGGCGCUGCAAUAAGAAACGCUCCUGUGGACGACACAAGUGUGGCGAGCUGUGUUGUGUGAAUGUGGAGCACAAGUGUCCCCUGAUCUGCGGCUACAAGCUCAACUGUGGCCUCCAUCGCUGCCAGGAGCCUUGUCACCGUGGAAACUGUGAGCCCUGCUGGCAGUCCAGCUUUGAUGAGCUGGCGUGUCACUGUGGGCUCACUGUCUUGUACCCGCCCAUCCCCUGUGGCACAAAGCCACCAGAGUGCAAAAACUUGUGUACAAGAAGACACGAGUGUGACCACCCAGUGUUUCACAAUUGCCACAGUGAAGAGAAGUGUCCGCCUUGCACUUACCUCACUCAGAAAUGGUGCAUGGGAAAGCACGAGCAACGCAACAACAUCCCAUGUCAUCUUCAGGACAUCUCUUGCGGCCUGGUGUGUAACAAAGCGCUGCAGUGUGAGAUGCACCGCUGCAGACGGAUCUGCCACCGGAGCGAGUGUUUGGCAGAGGGCAGUUGCCAGCAGCCCUGCACGCUGCCUCGUCCAGACUGCGGCCACCCGUGCGCCGCUCCCUGUCACAAAGGCAGCAGCUGCCCACGCACCACCUGCACCGCCAAGGUGGCUCUACAGUGCGACUGUGGUCGACGAAAGGAAACAGUGGUCUGCACAGAGGCGGCCACUUCAUAUCAGAGGUAUGCAGCCAUCGCCAUGGCGAGCAAACUGUCUGACAUGCAGCUCGGUGACUCGAUGGACAUCGGCCCGCUCCUCACUAAGAAGGAGCUGAAACAGACCAGGCUUGAAUGUGAUGAGGAGUGUGCUACUUUGGAGAGAAACAGGCGUUUGGCAGAGGCGUUGCAGAUAGACCCAUCCUCUGACCCUUUCAACGUCCGCUCUACUUCUGUAUACAGCGACAGCCUCAAAGAGGAUGCCAGAAAAGACCUGAAAUUCGUCUCGGAGGUAGAAGAGGAGAUUAGGAAUCUUGUGGAGCUUGCUAAUAAGGGAAAACAACCAAAGAGGAUUCACCGUUUCCCACCCAUGAACAGAGAACACCGAAAAAUCGUCCACGAGCUGGCCGAGGUUUAUACCGUGGAGAGCGUGAGCUACGACAACGAGCCCAAACGUAACGUGGUCAUCACAGCCCACAAGGGGAAGGCGGCAUGUCCAACCUCAACCCUGACAUCACUGAUAGAGCGAGAGAUGGCCGUGAGGGCCCCUCCUCCCAUCGCUCAUAUCAAACAGCAUAGCAGCAAGGACGUCAGUGGAGGCUCCUGGUCCAAGAUUGUUAAGGAAGAGCCUGUGAUAGAUUAUUUUGAUGUCCAGGACUAAAAUGAGGCCAAAUAAAAUAAAACCUCAGGAUCUACUCAUUAACAUCAGUCUACAUCUGCCAAAAAAAAAAAGCAGAGUAAUUUAAUUUGGAUUCAUUAUCAAAUAAAAUUCUAUUUGGGAACACAAACACACUGUAUAUCUUGGAGGCUGACAUGAAUGAGUGCUGAGAAAAGUGUAGUAGUUGUAAAGUUUCCCGUGAAUUCAGAUAUUAAAGAUGAUCGAGCCUUGCACGGA